CGGAAGCUAUAAUUGAAUUUAAUGGUGAAGCAAAAGAUGCAAAGAUCGGAGAUAUACCCUACAUCGCAUUGAUAAAAGUGCUUCAUCCGCAUAUGGGAAUAUUUAUGCCAAUUUGCGCCGGUUCGAUCAUUUCAAAAUAUGACAUAUUGACGAAUGCACUUUGCGCUUCAGCUUGUCAAUAUCCACCACAUUGCAAAGUAUACGUUGGACGAGUCAACGUUGAUGUUGGUGGCGUUGAGAUACAAAUUGAAAGCACUGUUUGGCACGAGAGCUAUGUCCAAAUGGACGCAAUUAAAACGUUCAAACAUACAAUACUUGACUUGGGGAUUAUACAUACAAAAAGCAUUCCAUUGUCAGAUAAAGUCACUGUCAUUGAAAUGUCGAAAGUGCCUGUAAAACAAAGAACCAUGCAGAACCAAUAUCAGGGAUUUAUUGCUGGCUGGGGUGCUGAUAUUGAUAAAGCGUUCAAAGAAGUACCUAAACACCACACUAUUUUAAAGUACGGGCAUGUAAAUUAUGUUGAUUGUAUAGCUCCAUUAGAAAAGUUCAGAACUAUUUGUGUAAAUAUGUUCUCGCCGCCCUCGAGUGUCCAACCAGCCAUUUCCGAUAUGGGUGCGCCUAUCAUGGAUAAGAGCACUGGUAAAGUUAUGCUGGUUGGAGUCGGAAGCUACUAUCACCUCCGAUAUGAAUUUGCGCCUAAUAAAACGAAACAAUUUAAUGAGGAUCACUUAUUUGAUUGGGCGAUUUACAAUAAGUACUUUCCUGUUGGUGACAACAUAAACUGGAUCAAAGACAACAUGUAUGAGCAUUAGCUGAGUACCACUUUACACUUUUGGUGGGUUUUCCUUUGUCUGGAUUUCGACUUGCAACUGGAUGAAAUGUCAACAUUUUUUGAAUGUAAACAAUAUAUGUUAUAUGUACGCGUCCGUGUGUGUAGGUGAUUAAAAUUAUUUGUCAAAUAUAGACAGUAAAAAAAAAUUUCCUUCCUAUUUUACACAAA